AUGGAUAGAUUAUCAAGUGUAUUACUUGGUGAAAUAUGUAACAAAUUGAUCAAUCCAAUUGAUCGUUUGUGUAUGACAUUGGUGUCGAAGACAUUGUUCCAGCGUAAACAUCAAUACUUGACAUUCAAUGUAGAUCAUUUGUUGUAUUGGAGAAAUACUGGACUUGGUUAUGACUAUACUCAGCCAGUUGGUGAUGUGGCUGCUAUUGAGUGCGGUCCAUUGAUUGACACGACAUCGUCACGCACCUCAAUCAGACUUCCCGGCAACAAGUUUCGCUCGUACAACACGCAGAUACUAAAGUCGUUGCAGACUACGCCUGGAUUGGUCAUCCUGAGCCUGGACGAGAUGGAUGACGAGUUGGUCAUACCGGAUGAUGCCAACAUUGUCAAGUUGGUGAUCGUCGCGCCAGAGAGGGACACCAUAUCCACACUCAUACUUCCAUCGCGUGGUCUCCCUCGAUCAAUCACUCACUUGGAGAUCAAGUCGUAUGGACUUCGACGUGCACAGAGGAUAUCGAUCCUCAACAUGUCCGCGCUCUCAAUCACCCGUCUCGACAUUAGUUCUAUCCACUGUGUUGGUGAUCUUAUACUUCCAUCGACGAUCACUCAUCUGGAUGUUGAUCAGUACAGUAAUGUGCCAAUCACAGCUAUUCCAACAUCGGUAACAUCACUAAGUAUUCCACCACAUAGUGAUGCCAACUUCUUGAAUGUCGGUUUCAUUCAAAGAUUGAAGAGCUUAAGAACACUAAAGUUGGUUGGACGCAGCAUGUUUCAUACGUGCAUCACUCAGUUCAACUUGAUCGGUGUGAGCCCAUCACUUACCCAUCUACAUCUCGGUGAUCGGUUCAAAGCGAUAAUCAUGCCUGGCGACCUCCCGUCCACCCUCCGCCACCUGUCCUUCGGCACAUACUUCAAUCAACCUUUGCCCGUUGGAUCCAUUCCAGACUCGGUAGAGACGCUAUCAUUUGGACAACAUUUCAAUCAAUCACUCAAUUGUAUUGGAACUAUCCCAAACUCUGUGACCUCACUCACACUUGGCUUCAUGUUUCAACAAGAUGUCACAUAUCUGUCACUAGCAGGUGACAACCUACAUACAUUGGAUACACUACCAAAGACUGUCCACACACUAUACCUUCGCUUCUUUAGUUACAGCCCCGAUUUAGACAUCCCAACAUCAGUGACCCGUCUUGAAUGGAGUGUUCCAGGUCGUAGCGUCCAACUCAUGACCAAGCUCACACCAUCAAUCACCUCACUAUCACUACAUUUCAACUCCAUCCCAUCAACCAUACUUUUAUCCAACAUCCAUCCUAGUCCAACCCCAAGUCCAACAAACCCAGUUCGACUUGUCGAGUCCAACAAUAUAGAGUCGUACAGUGAGGGCGUCACAGUGUAUGGUAGAGUGAUUGAUGGUGACACGGUAGUGGUGCUCAGCUCAGACUUUAGCCGUGGUGGAUUCGUUUCCCUGAGCCAACUGCACAAACAUGUGCAUCCAUUGCUACCAGACCUGCUCAGUGCAUUGUUCGUCUGUCCAAGCCGAUCAUUAGUUCUCCACAAUCGAUUCCCUCCAGCACCAGGCACCAUCUACAAUGUCGAAGAGUACGAAGAGGUCGAGUUCAUGUUUGACUAUUGA